GAUGCCGGAUGCCACCCAUUAGGUACAAUGUGAUGCGACUGGAGGGAGGGCGCAUGGGGGCAGUCAAUGGCAUGCGACCCAAUGGGCAGGUGGAUGACACGUGCUUGCAAUCGCGGGAGGUGUGGACAGGUGUCACGUACGGAUUGGCUGCCACAAUGAUCUAUGAGGCCUUCCGCACAGCGCAGGGCAUUCACCAGGCGGGGUGGAACGACCUGGGUUAUUGGUUCCAAACCCCGGAGGGUUGGGACACUGAUGGUCGCUUUCGCUCAUUAGCAUACAUGCGGCCACUUGCCAUCUGGGCUAUGCACUCGGCCUUGAGCAGUGCAGAAAUUAAGAAGUCUUAACACCGAAGAAGGGAACUCGCCAGUGAAUGUAUCUAAACGCCUCAUUAUUUCAUGUGUUUGUGUUUCAUUCAUGUGAAGUGCAAAUAUGAACGAGC